UGGAAAAGGCAGGGGUAAUGGAUGCACUCACUCGUGUUUUGGUUGGAUUGUAUGAAGAGCCAGAGAAACCCAACAAUGCUAUGGAUUUCUUGCGACAAAAUUUGAAUGCCACUGGACCUGAGACAGCAGACGUUGAGACUCUGAAGCUUGAGGUCACCGAACUCAGGCAGAAAUGUGAACAGUUGCAAGAAGAAAACAAUGACCUCAAAGCACGGCUGCAGCAGUUAGAGCCCACAGCUGAGCCAGACAACCCAGACAACUAAGACCUUACCUGCUUGUACACUCCAAUGUUUUCUAAUCAAAUAAACUACAUGCUAUACU